CAAGAUCAAUACAGAAAAUCAAGAAAAUGUCAAACACAUUACACAAUAAAAGAUGUCAACGCAAAGGCUACCGAGUCAUCCGGUAACCUAACACCCUUUUAUAUUAAGGGACCUACAUUAACGCGUGCAUUUAUAUAAAUAUACGUAACCCAACCAUUUCAUACAAGAGAGAGAAUCGCAUUAACAAAAAAACAAACGAAUCUUUUUGAGUUUAAACCCUUUUUCACUAACCGGAGAAAUGGAGAGAUCAACGCCGGAACAUGUCUCCUCCGCACACAAGCGCCUAAGUGUGAGCUUCCUCGUAUCUCUCAUGGUAAAUUGUGCUAGACACGCAAGCAGAGUUUCCAAGAAGCUUAAACCUAAGACGAGUCGGAAGCAAACUCAUCUCGAAGACUAUCUCGAAAGCCCUAAGUCUAACGGAAACGGUGGCGAAGACGACAGAGGAGGAGGAAGGUUUGGAUGGAGUCCCGCACGGACUUUUUCUCCGAUGAGGGUGCGUCCUAAGGAGCUUUAUACGACCUUGAGCAACAAGGCGAUGACUAUGGUUGGCCGGAAAAACAAAGCUUACAACGGUGGUCCGACGAAGAAGACGGCGGUGGAGAUGGUGAUAGAGGAGGAUGAGGAGGAGUACGGCGUUUGGCAGAGGGAGAUUUUGAUGGGAGGAAAAUGUGAGCCGUUGGAUUACUCCGGCGUGAUCUACUACGAUUGUAGUGGACAUCAGCUAAGAGAAGUGCCUCCAAGGUCGCCACGUGCCAGUUUGGUUCCGGAGCGCCAGACCCGUUCUUAUGUCGGGUCACUGUUAAACCCGACCGGAAAAGAAAUUUAAAUUUUAGUUUGAGAAUUUGAUUGUUGUUUGAGGUGUCAUCAGGCAAGUGGUAAGUUCUCUAGGAGCUUUGGUUGUUCCGUUGUUAUUGGUAGAAGCAUGCAUAUUAUUGUGUAAUUUAUGUAGUAUUUAAUACGUUUGGCAAAUUUAAAACUUUAGUAGUUAAAAAAAAAAUCCGAUAUAAUAAAGGCUAAGAUUUCUUUCCCA